GUGCAGGUUGUUUAAAACCAUUGCGACAUUUAAUUCGAAAGUUACAGCAGCGUCAGAGCGAUAAUUACAAUGUAAAACAUUUAUGUUGUUUUGCUCUAUUCUAACACCGAGGAAGAAACGUGACUUCCGCAUCCGUUACUUUUGACUUCGCGGGUCAACCCGAAGCAGCUCGCGUCACCUCGUCGUUUCUAUGGAAAUACACCGGCGGACCACGUGUUUCACCCACUUCCGCACGACCCUGUGGAUUCUUUAACUUGUACAAUCGUUGAAUCGGUGUUUAAAUCGAAACUUUUAACAGUCGGUCGAUCGUGUCUGUCGUCAUGUCAGUGCUGUCUGUGGUUGAACGGGCGAUCAAGUCCUGCAAAGCGGAACAAACCAGGAUCCACGACAGUAUUCAACUCUACAGGGAAUUAUUACACAGUUUAGCACCACAUCACAACUCGAGCUUUGAGGAGGCAGAACAUUCCGAUGCUGCAGCUACAGACACAGAUACCGCACCAGGGGAGAAGGAAGAUAUAGAACUGCUUGAGCAAGCUCUGGAGAAAGCUCUUCGAAUCCGCUCAGGAGCCUCUGUAAAGGACCCAGACGGAAACAAGCCAGCUCGGCCUCUAAAAGAUGUAGCGGAGUCAUCUGCGUCGUUUACAGGAGGUCGAACAACCGUCAGAUCGAGCUCUAAAUUGGCCAGUCUUGACAGAAAAGAGCACAGAAAACCUGGAUCAUCAGUAUCCUCCACACAAGGCUCCAGGCCCUCAGCUAGCAACAAUCCUGGAAAGCCAAACACAAUCAAGACAAACAAUAGAAGCACAAUCCAGAAGCAUCCUGUCUCGUCAGCCGAGGUUGUGCAUCACCAGGCAGCGAGGAAAUUGCAGCAGGCCGCUUCAGCCUCGGGAACUCGCAUCUCAACCUCGCACUCUAAAAACAGGACUAUUAAAAGCGGCGUGCUGAGUGGUGGUGACCCGGGCAAAGCUGCUGCUAUCUCCGCACCUCCUUCAAAUAACACACUGCCUUUUCCACACACACACGAGGCUGCGGCUCAUAGUUUGCUUCGACACGAUGGAAAAACGUCUGAGCAGAUCACAAAAUGGAAAUCUUUAAGGAACAAGCAAAACAGGCUGUGGGAAAAAGUUGUUGCCCUACACAGGAAUCCUGUGCCUGGGAGGAGUCACUUCAUGGAGAGAAUGAGAGAUACGUUCCCCGAGGAUUCGCCGUGUGGCAGCCCAGAUCAGACCGGGGCUCCGGCCGACAAGCUGACUCAUCGAGGGCUCGACCUCACACAUCACUGCCGGACAAAUGAGCUUCUGGCCAAAGCAACCCCAGAAACCACCUUAGUAAACGAGUUGGAAACACGGGAUCGAUGGAGGCCGGAGGGAGGUUGUCUCCCCCUGACUAUAACCUACACCACGGAGGCAGAGCUGCGAGAGGUGGAGAAGCUGAGGAUGCGGGUGGCACUGCUGCAGCAGGAGAUGAACCUUGAGCAGGCUCUGUCGGACACAAUGUCCCCUCAGCUCUUAUCUAUAGCACCAGGGCCUGGAUGUCCCAGCGCCAGUGUGCUGAGAGGCAUGUACUCCCUGCUGGGUGAAGGAGGGGAGCGUUUCCCUGCCACAGUCCUGGACUGUGAGCCUGACUGACCACAGAACAUACAGUAAUACACUGAGUUACCAGUGCAUGAGGUACCCUGUCCAUUCCCAACUGUGUACAUAAGAGAUAUAAAAUAUUAUACACACCUCUGAGUAUAAUACAGCCCAGACACUGUCAAAUAAACUUGAACAUAGCACACAUGUAUAGAUCACAUCUUAUUUUUCAUAUCAUAUCAUAUUUAUACUGCACUAAAAUAAGAUUCAUUGCAGAACCAGUAUUUUGGUUUGCUUUAGAAUCAAUAGUGGUUGAUAAUUCAAGAACAUUUUUAUACGGGAAUUAAAAAAUGUCUGUCAUUAUUGUCAAGAAAUGUAAUUUGCCGUGACUCUAUUUAUUCAGUGUCUCAUUCUGUCUAAUAACUUGAAUGUCUGAAGACUCUAAUAGUUUAUUAUCUUUCCUUCUCUGACUGUGAAGUAGUGUACGUACAAUUUUGUCCCUGUCCUAUUAAAAUCAUGUACAUACUCAAAUACAUUCAUGUUUGAGUUGAGCUAAAAAAAAAGCCCUGGUUUCCGUAUUGUGACAAAUUUGUUUUCAAAUGGUUUGUUUAGCUAGAGACAAGAUAAUGUUUUCAGCCUGUAAACAUUG